AUGGUUAGUAUUAACUUUGGAGAUAAUUAUCAUCACCAAAAACGUAAAUAUACUUUUAAAUCAGAGGAUGAGAAAAAUGCUGAUCCAGAUUAUAGGAAAAAAAGAGAUCGUAAUAAUAUUUUAUCUUGGAAAGCUAAACAAAAAAAAGCAAUAUUAAUACAAAAUUUAUUAAAUGAAAAUAAAAUAAAUAAGGAAAAAUUAGAGAUUUAUAAAAGAGAAAAUAUGAUACUAUGGAAAAAAUUUGAAAAUCUUUUUAAUAAAUUAAUAAUUGAAAAAAAAAAUUUAGAUAUAUCAAAUAAUUAUAUUAAAAUAUUAGAAAAAAAAUUGGAUCAAUUUAAUAAUUAUUUUAAUAAUUAA